AUGCUGGUUGAACUGAGAUCGAGGCGAAUGUGCUACAACAGUCAAGUAGAAUCAAAGAGAGAGGAUCUGUUAAGCGAAAUUGUUAUGCAACAACAGACCACGAAUGUGUUAUAUCGGCUAUUGUCCGAGUCAUGCCGUGAAAGAGAUGAAGCUAAAGAACAAUUGAAGAAAUCAAUGGCCGAAGUCUUCGAAUUGAAGAAACUCCUAAACAAGCUCUUACCAUCAUCCAAUAUUCCACCUCAAACCGACCCCUCCCACAACGUUCCAUCGACCGCCGGCGGUAUCGGUAUCCGUUCGAAAAUGUCGAGAACUUCAUUCGUCGAAGAAUGUACUUCGAUAGGAAAAAUAAUCGACACUCUGAUUAAAGAGAAGCCCUUACCGGAGAAAGGGAGAUUGCUGGAUGCUGUUGUUGAUACAGCACCAUUGUUGGAGACACUUAUGAUAACGGGACAGCUUCCCAAUUGGCGAAACCCUCCGCCAUUGCCGUUCAAUCUUGUCGGCAGUGAAAUCCCAGGUUUUCAAACAUCGAACAAUAUGAAGUGCAGGGGUCUAAAUGAUUGUAGCUUUAGGUGA